UGUAUACAAGAAUAAUCAUUCGGUACUCUCAAUUGCCUCCUUCAUUUCUAUCCCAUCUCCUCUUAUUUAUAGUGAGGAGUUUAGGGUUAAAAUUAGAUCAUGGACCUAAGGUAUUGGGCUUGGCUCGCAAAUAAUUCAUUUACAACAGAAAUACAGUUAUAUUUUGAUAAAUGACAACUCUGUACUCCUUUGCUAACUCUGUUAGCAUGGAUGUUGUGUGUUGAACGCUAACAAGAUCCUCCUGUUAGCGUGUAAUGGUUUGCCUUGUACUCCACGAGAAUAGGAACCAUUUUGCACUGUGUGAGAACAAGAACCAAUUUGCACUGUGUGAGAACAGGAAGGCAAAGUGUUCUGUUCAUCAUCCCAUCAUAAUUGCUAUUUUUUAAAUGUCAUAAAUGCCCAAAAAAUGGGUAUAACAUUUACCCCCCAAGUGAGUUUUCGUGCUUUGCACAACUCUGGCUUAAUUAUGUGAACAAUUUCCCCAUUAUUUUUUGGUUAUGCAUUUUAAAAGACAAUUAAAUAAAAUAACUUUUUUCUUUAGAAACGAACACUUCUAAUCAUUCUAUAAGUACUCUUUUUUUUUUUAUUCUGUUCUCGUCUGGUAUGCGUAUGCAGACCUUGCGCAAACAGGAACCCAAGUAACUCCAUGUUGCCUUAUGCGAAUAGGUCCUCAUAACCCAUCUUUUAUUCGCACCAUUUACAGUAUAGGCGGACAAAUAAGCUUUUCCUUCAAGGUUAUAGGUGAAUAGGUUGCAUCUUUGAAUAUGCGAAUAGCCCCACCUAAGUCUCGGUCCAAUCCACCUUUUAUGAAUAAAAAUGAGCAGGUACUCCUCUCGCCAAUGAGUGGAUGCACACACUUAACAAUUACUACUCAAUUACUCGAACAUACAUCACAUGUAUUUUCCUUAAGUUGAAUUUGCUAGUGUCCACAAACGAACAUGAUGCCUGAACUAACCCAUAAAUGUACAGGAAGCUUGAACUAGCCUUUAAACGAACAGGAUGCUUGCUCAUUUUUCUUUUGGCAGGAGACAUGAAUUCUUGAUCUUUGUUCGGCGGCCCUAAGGUUGUAGGUGUAAGGGCUAACAAGACGAGGAAACCGUUAGCAAACAAGAAUAAGGGGACCCUUGCAGAGUCUUCUUCUGUUCGUUCAGCUCGGAGUCGACCUCCAGCUGUGGUUACACCGCCGGCCCUGUCGCAACUGCUAGUGUGGUUCCCACGACCCGGUCCUUAUCACCUAUAUUACCUUCUUGUAUUCAAAUGGUGGCACAUAGAUUUGAAGAGGUCAUCUAGAGUGAUUAGAUACGGGAAGAAUGGUCUUUCUCCGGAGUUUGCGUCCCCAGCGAGAUCCUUCAUCAUUCUAUUGCCAACACUGUUCAGACAAUGAUCACCUUGACCAACUUAUCUGAAUCUAUCGAGCAGUUGAAGAAGGAUAAGGAAGAUACAUGUCUUGCCCUCAUGUCUGAGACAGAUACUGUUCGUGACGAGAGGAACAGUUGUAAGAUUGAGCUCGAGCAACUUAAAAAUUCUUCUUGUACCAAGAUCAAUCAACUAAAGACCGAGAUUUACCGUCUUCAGAAGUCUCAUUCUGUUGAGGUUGAGCAACUUAAAGCUGAUGCGGAAGUUGAUCGUCUUCAAGCCCUUGAAGAAGAAGGAGAGAUCCUAAAUAACAUGUUUUUUCAGGUCUGGAAAUACAACCGCAAUAUUGAUUUAAAAAAUUUUAAUGGCGGGGAGAAGUCCCUGCUAGAAGCUUGCAAACAGAGACUUGUUGAUGAAGAAAGCUCCUUUGUUCGUACCUCCUUAGCACAGGCGGGGAAUAGUGAUGUUUCACGGCCUGAAGAUCUUGCUACCCGCACUCUGCUGACCCUUUAGCUGCCUCGAGAGAACAAACCUUUGAACCAGAGUCCUGAUAGCUUAGUUUCUAGCGCAUCUUAUGUUGGAGUAUUUUGUAUUUGCAUACCCUUGACUCUUUGUUUUCUUUUGUAGUCUGUACUUGCAUGCCAACGAACAAACCAUUUUUCCUUUUGUUCUUAGUGCGAAUAGACUGGUUGCCUUUAGUGCAUGAUACGAACAGACUAGUUGUCUUUAGUGUAUGAUGCGAACAGAGGUUUUUUACAUGUACCAGCAAACACACUCUUUUUCAAGCGAACAUAACUCUAUUUUGAAUUUUUUU